AUGGUUGUUGCAUUGAUGCCCAAAGCAGUGAUAAAUGUGGGAGGUCACUUGCUUAGUGCAAUGACAAUUGAACAUUUCAUAUUGAGAUUGCCUUAUUACAUCAAAAAUGCAAAAGUCUCCACUAAAGGACCAAAAAAUGAAAGCACAAUAAUACGAGGAGUCUUCGGAUUGGAGUGGCCAGAACCUCUAGUCACAUUUGCUCUGUCAUGUGGAAGUUGGUCCUCACCUGCUGUGAGAGUGUACACUGCUGCGCGAGUCGAAAAGGAGUUAGAAACUGCUAAAAUGGAUUAUUUGCAAGCAGCAGUUGGCAUAUCCAAAUUAGCGAUUCCUAAGCUUCUUCACUGGUACCUGCUUGAUUUUGCCAAGGAUAUUGAGUCAUUAAUGGACUGGGUAUGUUUACAACUACCAGGUCAAUUGAGGACUGAAGCGGUUAAAUGCCUUGAGGAGAGCAAGAGAAGUGCGAUUCCCCAGGCAAUACAGAUUCUGCCUUAUGAAUUCAGAUUCAGGUACCUUUUGGCCCCAUAAAUAUUUCUCUCCUCCAUAGUACAAAGUUCUCCAUCAAAUUGCUGGAACUCACUGUAUGUAUACAUCACUGUAAGAAAGAAAAAAAAAAGAAAAGAAAAAACUUUUGUGCA